GGCAGCGUGGUGACGCCUCGACACGGGGCGCGGGGGCAGAGAGCGCGCGUUCGCAGACGCGGCCGUAUUAAACGGCUGCAGGCGCGGCAAGCUUGGAUCUUCCUCGCGCUCAGGCUUUCGGCGGUUCUCUCCUGUUCUGUGAAGCCUAAGCCGGCUACACCUUCCUCCUCUUCUUCUCCUGUAGCCGUGUCGUUGCGACUCCACCACCAUGUUCGAGGCGCGCCUGGUUCAGGGCUCCAUCCUGAAGAAGGUGCUGGAGGCCCUUAAGGACCUCAUCAACGAGGCCUGCUGGGACAUCAGCUCGAGCGGCGUGAACCUGCAGAGCAUGGACUCGUCCCACGUCUCCUUGGUGCAGCUCACCCUGCGCUCGGAGGGCUUCGACACGUACCGCUGCGACCGCAACCUGGCCAUGGGCGUGAACCUCACCAGUAUGUCCAAAAUACUAAAAUGUGCUGGCAAUGAAGACAUCAUUACCCUAAGGGCUGAAGAUAACGCGGACACCUUGGCACUAGUAUUUGAAGCUCCAAAUCAAGAAAAGGUUUCAGACUAUGAAAUGAAGUUGAUGGAUUUAGAUGUUGAACAACUUGGAAUUCCAGAACAAGAGUAUAGCUGUGUAGUAAAGAUGCCUUCUGGCGAAUUUGCACGUAUAUGCCGAGAUCUCAGUCAUAUUGGAGAUGCUGUUGUAAUUUCCUGUGCAAAAGACGGAGUGAAAUUUUCUGCAAGUGGAGAACUUGGAAAUGGAAAUAUUAAGUUGUCACAAACAAGUAAUGUUGAUAAAGAGGAGGAAGCUGUUACCAUAGAGAUGAAUGAGCCAGUUCAGCUAACUUUUGCACUGAGGUACCUGAACUUCUUUACAAAAGCCACUCCACUGUCUCCUACAGUAACACUCAGUAUGUCUGCAGAUGUACCCCUUGUUGUAGAGUAUAAAAUUGCUGAUAUGGGACAUUUAAAGUACUAUUUGGCUCCCAAGAUCGAGGAUGAGGACGCAUCCUAGGCAUUCUUAAAAUCCAAGAAAACAAAACCAAGCUCUUUGAGAACUGCUUCUGAAAUGCCACCAUGUACUUAACUAUCUUCUGUCACCAAAUUUGUAUCUCUGAGUACAUAUGUAGAUAAUGUUUUCUGUAAAUAACCUAUUUUUUCUUCAUUCUCUACAAUCUGUUUAAAGAAUAAAGUCCAAAGUCAAAUCUGGUCUUGUUAACCUAGAAAUACUUCUAACUUACCAAGAAAUACUCCUUAUGAUUUUUUUUUAUAACAAAAGGGUUAUGACUCUAAAUGCAUUUUUAAGAAUUGUUUUCAAUUUAAAUAAAAAUUAUUUGAAUUUUAAACAUAACAGGACAGUGCCUUCAUUUAGACUACGACUGUUACAAGGAUCCUAGGGAAUUCACAGCUGAAGCUACCCUAUCAUGUAAUGUGUUUAUUUUUUCAGUGUAGAGCAGCCUGAUAUAAAUACAUCUAGAUAUAGCAAUAAAAAGUAUUCCAAGUACAGUAUGUGACAACAUAUCUUUGGGGAUUCAUUUGCCAAACUUGUUUUGGUAUUCUAACUUGAGCUCAAGAAAUGAACAGGGGAGAGUAGGACAAAUCCUAUAUAUUUCAUUAUUUUGUCAUGUUCGUUAGCAAAAACUAACACUUUGUUCAGAAGCUUAAUGUACUCAAAAGCUGUGGGUUUUUAUAAGACUAGCAUUAGUUAUAGGGUGGUGUUUCUUUAGCCGGGGGAACAUUUUAUAAGAAACUUGGAAGUUUUAAUAGAUCUGUAUAGGAUUCAAGGAGUAUGUGUGCAAAAAUAAUUUCUCCAGUAUAUGUAGCCUUGUUUGGGACUUACUCCCUUAAAGGAUGAAGCAGCUUAAUUUCCAUGGAUGUUGGAUUCAACCAAGAAAGUGAAAAGGCCCAGCACUUGUGAAACAAAGACUGUUUAAAACAAGAUCAUAAACUGGCAUGCUACAUACUGAGAAUUAUGAGUCCUUUUUCCCAGUGUAUUUUGUGUUGGGUAGAUUAAAUGAUUUUGUUGUACCUGGA